AUAAAAUAAAAAAAAAAUAUCAGUAAACUUCAGUGUCUUAACAGUGAGGAUCUUCCUUAAACAAUCAGUGCAAUGGCAAGCAUCCAUCUUUAAUUUAAGCAUCUGCUAUAAUUAAAUACGUGUCUUAUAUUUCUAAAUUUGUUAUUUUUGUUAUAUAUUCUUCUUGUCAACCGAUAACAUUUAAUUUAUUACCAGUAAAAAAUGAGUGAUUUACCGUACAGAGUUGAUUAUCCCUCGGCUACUUUGAAAAGACGUGAAAAAAUGUGCCACUAUUCCCAUUGUAAGAAAUGUAUUCUUAAAGAUUCGUUGAGAAUCUCGAUAGUUUCAAAGGAUGCGUGUCCUGGUGAUGGACAGUCACAACUUUUUCACCCAGAAUGUUUCUUCAAGACAGUCGAAAAUCCACAAGUUGGAGAUUUUGACAAUUUUGAAAAUCUGAAAUGGGAAGAUCAGAAGUUUCUGCAGGAAUUUAUCGCUAAACAAGAUGAAAAUUCAGUAACUAAUUCAGUAAUUUAUAGAAAAAAAGAAUUUAGCCUCGAAUAUUCAACAUCGAAUCACGGAAAAUGUUUAAGUUGUGAAAAAAGAAUCGAAAAAAAUAGCGUAAAAGUUUCUCUAAGUUCCAAAAGUUUGAAACACGAAAAAAUCUAUCAUUCUUUUCACUGGGAGUGUUUUUGCUAUUUGCCAGAGUUCAACCUGUUCGCAAAUACCAGUGAAAUUUCUGGUUACAACUCUUUGAAGCCCAAAGACCAGCAAACUCUGGCAAGACCAAUAAAUAUGAAAACCGGGAAUCUUCAUUCAUCAGAAAUGGCUGAUCAAAACGAUAAAUUAUUUGCUGUAAUAAAUAGUUUGCAGCCGUUGAAGCGUAUGGAUAUAAUAGACCUUCUAACGCUUAACAAUCAGUUCAUUACUGAUGAGAAGGACGUAACUGAAUUGAAAAAUAUUCUAGCCGACAGACUGGUCUUCGGAGCUCUGGAUCCUUGCCCUGAAUGCUCGGGACUGUUGAACUUCAAGUCCGGCCUGGGCUAUCAAUGCACUGGUCAGUUCAGUGAGUGGUGCAAAUGCAGUGCCGUUUUUUUAGAUCCUUCAAGAUCCAAAUUUGUAGUUCCCGAUAAUAUAAAAAAGAAGUAUGAGUUCUUGAAAACUUUCAAGCCUUGUGUUCAACGGAGACUUAUAAAAGUAUCAGCGCCUUCUGAUAUUGUCAAUGCUGAUGGUUUUGAUAUAAAAUGCAAACGUCCACUGCGUGGAAUGCAUUUUGUGAUCGACGAAAAUUUAAAAAAUUUAGAACAUUUGGUGGAAGAUAUCACGAAAUUAGGCGGGCUUGUUGUUGAUGAGAUUCAUGAAAAUUUGGCAGCUGUCAUCGCUGAUAAAUCACAUUUUAAGAAAAACUCUGAGGUAAUGAAAAUGGCUAAGGAAUAUAAUAUCCAAGUAGUCUCAGUAGAUUUUAUAAAAGAAGCCAAAAACUUUAUCGACACACCAGUUUCCUUGAUAGUCGAUAAAAAUUUUUCCUCUUGGGGAGGUUCUCCGAGUAAGCGAUUAGCCACCACAAUCUCUAAAUCCGUAAAAUUUGAAGACUUGGAGGACAACAUGUCUCCGGAUACGAAAAAACACUUAGAGAAUUUCACCGUAGACGAAUAUAACAGCGAGAAGUUUUCAAUUACUCUAGCCAACAUUGAAAUAGGAGCUAAUGUGAACAACUAUCUCAAGAUCCAGGUGUUAAAAUCUCCGUCUAGAAAUGACCCAAAGGGAUAUUUAGUGCAAAGUUGGGGCAGAAUUGGUACCAAUAUCGGCGGGUCUAACUUGGAACAGUUAAACUUACAAGAGUGCCGUAAUUUAUUUAAGCAACUCUACUGGUCGAAAACCGGAAACUCUUGGAAGGCCAGAAAUAAUUUCGUUAACUUCGUUAAGAAGCCAGGAAAAAUGUAUCCAAUUGAAACAGUGACUGACAAACCAGUGGAGGUGCAGUUUAGCAUUGGAAGUGAAAAAAAUCCCGUAACUCGGCUUCUGAUGUUGAUUUUCAACGUGGAAAAAAUGUCUGAGGUUUUGAGAGAGUGCAAAAUUGACACGACCAAGAUGCCUUUGGGGAUGUUGGAGAGUAAAAUCAUGGACAAGGCUUUUAUAAUCUUGGGAGAGUUGCAGACAUUUAUAAAAAACUCAGAUCGUCAGAGAAUAAUUGAAGGAUCCAACAGAUUUUAUGCGUUAAUUCCUCAAUCAUUUGGACUGACCAGUCCGCCGAUUCUGGACACUCUGGAGAAGAUUCGGAGCAUGUGGGACAUGACUGACUCGUUGAAGCAAAUAGCAAUUGCCUAUGAAAUGUCCAAGAACUCAGUGGUGAAUGAUCAUCUCCUGAAGCUUGGAGUCGACAUUGCACAAUUGGAUGCUAAUAAUGAAAUCUACGCGGUUAUACAAACUUAUUUAAAUAACACGCACGGAAAUACUCACAAUUAUCGGUUAAAAAUUGAAGAUAUCUUUAAAAUAAAACGAUCUUGUGAAGAUAAUUCGUUUAAGCGGUACUCAAAUUUUAAAAACAGAAGACUAUUGUGGCAUGGCUCGCUUUCAACUAAUUUUGCUGGGAUUUUGUCACAAGGACUGCGCAUAGCGCCUCCAGAGGCUCCUUCAAGCGGGUACAUGUUUGGUAAGGGCGUUUAUUUUGCUGAAACUGUCACUAAAUCAGCCAACUACUGCCGAUUGUCUUACAACAAUCCUACUGGCCUGCUCCUACUCUGCGAAGUCGCUCUUGGGGAAAUGUAUGAGAAGAUUUACGCUGAGUUUAUUACCCAGCUUCCGGAGGGAAAGGACUCCGUUUGGGGCAAGGGUUCCACUUAUCCUGAUCCUCUGGAUGUUCAUGUUUGCCAGGAUGGUGUCAUCGUGCCGUAUGGUAAGCCUGUUUGCGAUAAUACUUCUGGUUUUAAGCUUUAUUACAAUGAAUUUGUUGUUUAUAAUGUUGAUCAGAUUAGGAUUAGAUAUAUUGUGCGGGUUAGGUAUGAUGGUCAGUUAGUUAGGUGACAAUUGAUUGUUUUUUGUGAUACUAGAUUACUAUUGCUGGUAUUUAUUAUUUAAUAUGGAAAAGUAUUAUCUUCAUCAACAGUCAAUUUAUAAUAAGUAUUUAAUAAGCAUGAUUGAGAAAUAUUAAGUAUUUAUGGAUAAUUAAGAAAUAACGUAUCUUGUGAACUAUUGA